AUGUUUCCUCCAUCGCAGGGCUUGCGAUUGGACAUUGAUGCCAUCAGCCAGAUAUUUGGCUCCAUCAGCAUCGCAUGCUGGAUAGUGGUUUUUUCACCUCAGAUAAUUGAGAACUGGAAGAGAAGCUCAGCAGAGGGCCUUUCGGUAGUCUUCAUUGUGAUAUGGCUUCUCGGGGACUUCUUCAACAUCAUAGGUGCAGUACUGCAGGGUGUGCUGCCAACGAUGACCAUCUUGGCGGUGUACUAUACGCUAGCCGACAUCGUGCUAUUGCUGCAGUGCUUCUACUACAAGGGCUUUACGUUGCGUGAUGAUUUUAAGAAACCGAUGGAUGAAUCCGAUGAGGAUAGUGAAGCUAGCGAGCAGUCACCGCUUCUUCCCCACCGUAGGCCGCAGUCGAGUGGCUCACCCUAUACAAACGGCAACGGCAAUGGGAUCGAGGUACAGAGACCGCGCAUAUCAGACAUCGACAGACGCGGCUCAAGCCACUCACAAGGCUCAUUCCGCGAACGAUACCUCUCUAUUGACGGCACGCACCUUUCGCCUGCCACACCGCUCCACGAUGACUCUACUAUUGCACACCAGAAUGGCGCGGUCGCAGCCAAACCUCAGCCGGCCCAGUCCAGCCUGCAAACAAUCAUCUUCAAUCUUGGUACCAUCGUUCUUGUAUGCGCGGCCGGCGUCUUCGGUUGGUAUCUCAGUGCCCGGAACUCCACCGCUCCCAAUCAGCCAGAUGACCAGGACUCGUCACCCGAAUCAACACUGCACUUCAACCUUUGGGGCCAGAUCUCCGGCUACGUUUGCGCCGCACUCUACCUUGGCUCUCGUGUCCCACAGCUCCUGCUUAACUACCGCCGCAAGUCUACCGAGGGCAUCAGCAUGCUAUUCUUCCUGUUUGCUUGCUUAGGUAACUUGACAUAUGUGUUGAGCAUCCUGGUCUACAAGCCCAAGUGUGGGGGUCAUGUCUGCCAGGAUGGAGAGGGACGUGCUGAGUAUGGCAAGUACAUUGCGGUCAACAUGAGCUGGUUAUUGGGCAGCUUUGGCACGUUGUUGUUGGAUGCUGGUGUGUUUGUACAGUACUUCUUGUAUAAGAUGGAUGAUGACGAGAGUGACGAAGAGGAGUAA